UAGAGGCGCUAAAAAAGGUAUGAACGAAACCAAGCAACAGGACACGAAUACUCAAGAAGAUGAUCGCGUUUGUUUCGUUGAUGAUGUUUUGAAUAACUGUUUUCACGUGAGGAAAAUUGUAAACUUCAAAAAUGUAAUUCGUACUUUAUUUUGGGAAGGUUGUUUGUCCAGCUGUGUUUCUUUAUUGUCAUAGUGUAGUUCCAUAUGAAAGGAAAUUACCAAACUCUUAUAAUUUCUUGAAUCCUAACUAUUCUACUGGUAUUUCUGCUGUCCGUGGAAGUUUCAAAAAUGCAUUUGAACCUAGUCAGCUUAAAUCCAUAGAACAUGUCUUGUUUCUCACCCAUAUCUUUUGGAAAAUUAAAAGAGAGUACACUCAAUGGCAAAACUUAAUAAUGCUCAUCGUUUGGUUUGUGGAACCUUGGUUUUACUUCUUGUUGAUGUUAUAUGGGUUGCCUCAUCUGAAUUAACCAAAUAUAUAUUUAAAGAUGAAAAUUUUAGCAAGCCUUUUUUUAGUACAUAUGUGAAAACGACCAUGUUCAUGCUUUAUUUAUUGGGUUUUAUAUUUUGGAAACCAUGGCGAAGUCAGUGCAGUUCUAAACCUAUGUAUGCCCUUGUUGAUCCCACUAGCAGUGAAAUUGAAGAACAUGAUUGUGAUUAUGUUGAGGCUGAGCCUUUAUUGAGUGAAUCAGUAUUCAUACCUAUUAAAUAUCAUGAUGGUGGUGAAAAAAGCAGUGGAAAUGAAUCGGAUGAUUCAUCAUCUAAACAAAGUGUUAAAUCUGUACACUUUAACCAAGUCACUGAAGUUCGUCAUUUAUCAGAAUCACAAGCUGAUGAUGCUUUAUUGGCACGGCUGUCCUAUGCAGCUUCACUUAGAGCUCAAGAAAGUGCUUUCAGGGCUGCCAACAAAUUACCAAUGAAACAAGUCGCAAGAAUUGCACUACUUUUCUGCAUAUUGUGGUUUUUGGGUAAUCUUUCUUAUCAAGAAGCACUGUCAAACACUGAAGCAGGUAUAGUCAAUAUCUUAUCAUGCUCAUCAGGAUUAUUCACACUUAUAUUGGCAUCAAUAUUUCCUGCAAACAGUGGAGAUCGGUUUACACUUUCAAAAUUUUUAGCAGUUGCCAUGAGCAUAGUUGGAGUAUCAAUAAUAUCAAGUGAAGAUAAAGGCAUGCAAAAUUUCUUUCCCCCUGGAGCUGUUUGGUCUAUUCUUGGAGCCUUCUUUUAUGCUGCUUAUGUUGUGUUGCUGAGGAGAAAAGUGGAUAGUGAAGAAAUGUUAGAUAUUCCUAUGUUUUUUGGUUUUGUUGGCUUAUUUAAUCUGUUAUUAAUGUGGCCAGGAUUUAUUUUCUUGCAUUAUACAAAAGUAGAAGAAUUUCAGUGGCCUUCUCAACACCAGUGGUUAUUGUUACUGUGCAAUGGAUUGAUUGGUACUGUAUUUUCUGAGUUACUUUGGCUUUGGGGCUGCUUCCUAACAUCAUCUUUGAUAGCAACAUUAUCUGUGUCAUUAACUAUUCCAUUUACUAUAUUCUUUGACAUAUUCUUAAAGAAGGUUGAUUACCCUUUGCCAUUUUUCCUGGGAACAAUGCCAAUGUUUUUGUCAUUCUUUGCUGUUGCAUUUUUAACACAUUAUGAAAACUGGGAUCCUGUUCUUGUUGGUGUCAACAAACUAGUCAAUUUAUGUUUUAGGAAAAAACAAAGGGUACGUGAUAUAGAUUAUGAACAGACUGAAUCUCUGAUCAAUGUAAAUAGUGAAUAUACAUAACAAAAAUACUGCAUACAUUCUUUAAGGUCAUUGAUAUUGCGUCACAAGAACUUUUUGAACUGGAGCUUUUCAUUCUUUUAUAUCAGAAGUACUUGCAGCUAACAAAAUUACUUUUUGUAAUGCUCUCCUCUUGUAAAAUGUCAUUAUCAUCAAAUUUUAAAUAUGCAUAAAAGUAUCUAAUAACCAAAUGUUUUAUUUAUAUUAGUGUAUAGUAUAUGUUUUGAGUUUUUGUAAUGUAAGAAAUUAUGUAUCUUGUAAAUAAAACAUGACAAUUUACUCUAUUAAUGAUUUUGUAUGCAUUUAAGUUUAUAUUUGUGAUAAAUUAUUUUCAUACUAAAAUGGUAUAAAAAGCUUUAAUUUAGGGAAAAAAAAUAUUUUGUGUGCAGAUUUUUCUUAUACAUCUAUGUUUACGAAAUGUAUUUUAGUGAGGCUUUAUAAGUAUUUAUAUUAAAAAAGGACUUGUAAUAUAUAAAAAAUGCUCCCAAAUAUUUUAAAAUGUCAUCUUACUUAACAUAUCCUUUCAUAUUUUGAAUUAAAUUUCAAAUAUAAAGAAUGGAUAUCAUGUAAUUUUGCUUUAGUCUGUGUGUAAAUUAUUGCUUCUGAAGAUCUGUAAAAAUGUGAUAGAAAAUUAUAUGUUAGACUGAUGUUGACAAAUUGUGGUAUAAUAAAUUUAUAUUUCAUUUGUGAGUCUUGA